AUGUUCCCUGACGAGCUCAAGGGACUGACGCCGGUCGAAGAGAAGCUCAUCUCGCUGAACUCGUGUUACGGGCAUGUCAGGGGCCACAUCACGGUGUUUCCGAACAAUGUGCAGGAGCUGGCCACCAAAGUGCUCCCGCACCCCCUUUUGCAAGCACUGGACGAGAUCCACAUCUCGUGGCAGGGCGCGGAGAAGCCGGCACCGAGCGACCUGUCGAGUCUCUUGUCGGUGAGGCGGCGGGUGGUCGAGAGGGCCCUUGUCUGGCUGAAGCGGAACAACCCCCACUACGCCGAGAUCGAGAUCGACGCGGCGGAGAUGGGGAGCUGGGGAGACUCGAUACACGGGAUCAAGACCAAGACCAAGACCAAGACCAAGACCAAGACCAAGACCAAGACCAAGACCAAGACCAAGAUCAAGAUCAAUACCAAGACCAAGACCAAGACCAAGACCAAGACCAAGAUCAAGACCGAGAUCAAGACCAAAGAAACAGAGGGCAGCAGCGGCUUGUUCACCGAAUUGUCUCCCGAGCAGAGACAGCAAUUAACCGACCACAUCAGCCGAGAAGUGGCCCGUUUGGUCGCCCAAGUACGAGUGACCGAGCCAAGAGACAGCCAAUAUGGUGAAGAUGAAGUCAGCACACCAGGCCAACGGGAAGGAACAGCCUUUGACGACCGCGAAGAAUUCCGGCCGUCAGGAUAUGCGGCCCUUUUAGCCUUCCGGAGAUAUGAGUCGAUGGAUGGCACCAACCCAAACUAUAGAGAGGGACGGAAACGUCGGGAGAGAAACCCACCAUGUUCUCCGGCGAAGGACUCCUCGUUUGAAAGCUGGAUUAAGCAAGUAGAGGGCAAGUUCGAGGAGGACAACGAUACUUUCGCCUCUGAGAAGACGCGGAUCAACUUCGUGAUUACGCGUCUCGAGGGCACCGCGUAUAAGACCGUAGAAGGACGCCACCACUCGCUGACUCGGCCUUUCACAACAUUGGCCGAACUAAUCCAGGUCCUCCAGACAGCGCACACAAACCCAAACAAAGGCGCCGACGCCCGCGCCCAGCUGCGUGUCUGCAAAUACGAUUGGAAGAAGGACUUCAAUAUUUUCUUGGGGGAAUUCAACUCCAUGUACGAGGCGGCGGGGUACCAACCUUCAAUGCAGAAACAGACCCUGUGGGACUCUCUUCCUGCUCCGGUCAACCAAGCGGUGGUCGAGAGGGUCUACGAUACGAAAGUGCGCUACGAGGACUUCUGUGAGUCAGCACAGCACCAGGUGUUCGUGGCCCGCCACAACUUUUCCGAAGCGCAAAAGAAGCGCAACCACUCUAGUAGUAGUGGUGCCCGAGGGGUUCGGAACAAUGGCGGCAACCGUAACAAUGCCCGUGGUCGCCACCGGGAACAAACUGGCAACGAAGGGCUAGCCGGGAAGCUGGAGGAACCGUAUCUCCGAGGAAGAGAGGAACGUCGCCGCAUCAAUAACCUGUGCUACCGGUGCGGAGAAUCUGGGCAUAUCGCCCCAUUCUGUCGCACCCGCAACAACAACACCCGGAAAGGCAACCACGAAGACCGUGGAGAGCAGGCGGCCCCAGUCAGCGCAGCGACAACCAACACCGCCACGGGCAAGGGCAAGGUUUGCGACCCAGACUCGAGCAGUUCGGAGUCGGAAAACGAGUAG